UUCUGUUGAGGUCCAUUAAAAGACUUUUCCUAUUCUACUUUCCUUCGUUUCUCUUGUCCUCUGAAAUCAUUUUCGCAGCACCUUCUGUUUCGUCAAUCUUUACCCUCUCACUUUGGUUUUAUUUUGCUCCACUUUUCAAAAAAAAAAAAAAAAAAGAGUUUGAUACUUUCUACUUUACGCCUUUAAUUUUCGUUGCAGUCAUCCUCUUAGUUUGGUUUUGCUUUGCUCUAGUUCUCAAAAAAAAAAAAAAAAAAAAAAUUUAUAGUAAAGAGUGAGAUUUUCCCGACUUUUUACCUUAAUCUUCGUUGCAGUUUUUUGUAUUAUCAUCCUCAUUCCAUCGUUUUAAUUUUACUUAGCUUCACAUCUCAAAAGAAGAAGAAAAGUCCAGCUAGCUUAAUCGUCACUGCUGCUCUCAUUUACUAUAGCCACUAUCCUUGAUCUGCUAAAAUAAGAGAGUUUGUUCUACUUAUCAUUUGUCAAGACAGUCAAGGAAGGAAAAAGAAGAAGGAAAGCAAAUUGAGAAAGAACGAAAGAAGGAAGAAAGGAAGGAAAGAACAAGAUGUCAUCUACUGUUUCCCGUUUUCUGAUACUCAGCAUAGUGACUGUCUGAGUCUAAAACAACCUGCGGCUCUGAUUCGCUUUCAGCUUUCUUGUGUGUUGCACUAACGGCACGUGUGAAGACGGUCGGAGACCAUUAUCUUCAGUAUUAUUCCAAACACAGAGACAGCAGCCCAACCCAAAAAGAAGCAAAAAAUGGAUUUCUUACGGAGACCGUAAAAGUAUUCGUUGAAAAAACUGUGGGUUACACAAUUGCAGCAGUCGGACGUCAGAUUGGUUAUCUGAUUCGCUACAAAAAAAAUGUUGACAUUCUAAAUAACAAAUUUGACGAUCUCAAAGGUGCUAGAGAUGGUGUGCAGCGUAAGGUUCAAGCUGCUAGUUACAAUGUAGAAGAAAUUGAAGCUAACGUCCAGAGGUGGCAGACACGUGUUCAGGGGAUCACUGCAGAGGUAGAAGAAUUCGUUGAAAAGGAAGGCCAAGCAAAGUUGAAGUGUUUUAAUUUGAAGGCCCGUUAUCAGAUUGGAAAAAAAGCACACAAGAUGGGAUUGGCCGUCAAGGAACUCAAGGAUGAGGCGGACACGUUCGAUACAGUAGGCCACCGUGUCCCUAUAGAUGGGGGUACUACUAUUUCUACUAAAGGUUAUGAGGACUUUGAAUCAAGAAAAUCAAUUUUUGACGGAGUUAUGAAGGCUCUAAAAGAUGAUACUAUUACUGCCAUUGGGGUUUGUGGGAUGGGCGGCCUGGGCAAAACCAUGCUUGUUGGAAAAAUUGCAACACAAGCCAUGAAAGACAAGUUAUUUGAAAGGAUUGUUACGGUAGUUGUAACCCAAACUCCAAACUUGAAACAGAUUCAGAAAGACAUUGCAAAAGAAUUAGAGUUGAAGUUUGAAGAUGAGGACACUGAUUUUAAAAAAGCACAUUUGCUACGCGAGCGGUUGAAGAAAGAGAAGAUCCUUUUAAUUGUAGAUGAUAUUUGGAACAAGAUUGACUUGGACGCUCUUGGAAUUUCUUUCGGGGACAAUCGCGAAGGAAGCAAACUAUUGCUAACAUCUAGAUUCCGAGGUGUAUUAGACAAGGAUAUGGAUGUUGAAAAGAUAUUCCAAGUUGAAGUUCUAUCAAACGAAGAAGCUAAAUUCUUGUUUGUAAAGAUAGUGGGCGAUUUUGCUGAAACCUUGAAUUUCCAAUCUACCAUGGUUGAGGUUGUCAAAGAAUGUGCAGGCUUACCGAUUGCAAUUACAACAGUUGCGAAUACAUUGAAAAAUCAAAAGAACCCAAAUGUUUGGAAGGAUGCCUUGCAACAGUUAAAAAGGGCAAAUCCAACACAGAUCAAUGGGAUGCAUGAGAAGGUAUACUCGAGUAUAAAGUUUAGUUACAAUUUUUUAAGUAAGGAAGCGCAAUCUUUAUUCUUGUUCUGCAGUUCAUUUGAAGAAGAUAUGGUCAUACAAAUAGAUCUCUUAUGGAGAUAUUUGGUGGGUUUGGACUUCUUAGAAGAUGUUUAUAAAAUGGAAGAAGUGAGGAAUAGGGUCCACACGUUGGUCGAAAUUCUAAAAGAUUCUUGCUUGCUGUUAGAAAGUUAUAGGAGUGGUACAUUUAAAAUGCAUGACGUCAUUCGUGAUGUUGCCAUACAUAUUGCAGACAAAGAAAAGAAAAUGUUAACCAUAAGAAGUUCAGAUGAUUUGGAAAAAUGGUCCAAUAUGAAAAAAAUGAAUGACUCCAUUGGAAUCGCACUUUUUGAAGCCAAGUUUAGUGAGCUUCCUGCAAGGUUGGAAUGUCCACAACUUAACUUCAUUAUUUUGGGUGAUCAAGAAAAUUCUUUGCAGAUUCCUAAUCACAUUUUUGAAGGGGCAAAAAAUCUAAAAGUUUUAGUUUUGAUGAGACCAAGCCUCCCACUUCCUUCAUCCCUUUCACUUCUUCAGAACCUCCAGACAUUGGCUUUGCUUGAGUGCGAGUCAGAAGACUUGGCUUUAAUUGGAGAAUUGAAGAAUUUGAAAGCUCUUGUCCUAGUUGAUUCCAAGAUUGAGCAGUUACCCAUAGGAUUAAGGCAAUUGACUCACCUUCAAUUGUUGGAUUUGAGAAGGUGCACCGAACUUGAAGCCAUUCCAUCAAAUGUAUUAUCAAAUUUAAAAAAUUUGGAAGAAAUACACAUGAAUCAGAGCUUUAAUCAAUGGCAGGUUGGCGGAGAAAUUACAGAAAGAAGCAAUGCUAGAGUCUCAGAGUUAGAUCAUUUAUUACACUUGACGACAUUAUGUAUACAUAUUCCGAAUCCCAAUAUUCUACCAAAUGCCUUACUUUUUGAUAAGUUGGUGAGAUAUGAAAUAUUAAUAGGCCCUGAUUGGUAUUGGAAUAGUAAUAGCCGUGUUGAGUUUGAAAUCUCAAGAACAUUGAAAAUUGACCUUGAUAGAAGCUUACAAGAAGAGGAUGGAAUUAAAAUUUUAUUGAAAGGUUGCGAACAUCUCACUUUGGCUCCUGGGAAGGGUAUUAAAAAUAUUCUUUCUGAAGUUGAUAAGGAAGGUUUUCCACGAUUGAAGCAUCUUUAUGUUCAAAACAGUGUUGAGAUUCAAUACAUCAUUGAUUCGAUAUGUGUUGCCUUUCCAGUUUUAGAGUUACUUUCUCUAGUCAAUAUGAUCAAUUUGGAAAAUAUAUGCCAUAACCAACUUGCAAUGGGGUCUUUCCACAACUUGAGAAAGUUAGAAAUAAGAAAAUGUGAUAAUUUGGUAUUUGUCUUCUCCUCAACCUUGCUCAGGUGCUUUUCGCAACUCCAAGAAAUAGAGAUUGAGGAUUGCAAGGUAAUAAGUGCAAUUGUUGCAGAGGAAAGAAAACAUGGGAUACAGGUCAAUGAUGACAUCAUUACGGAUACAAUUGACUUCCCUCAAUUGCGUUCUUUAAAUCUGAAAAGAUUACCAAAUUUAAUGGGCUUUUGUUCUAAUGUUGAUUCUCAAUCACUUUUCAACAAAAAGGUUGCAUUUUCUAACUUGGAGAAUCUACACAUCGAUGCCAUAUAUAAGCUGAAGAUGUUGUGGCACAAUCAACUCGAUCUAGAUUCUUUUUGCAAGCUAAAACAAUUGCGUGUUGAUGACUGUGAAAAUCUAAUAAACAUUUUUCAGCCUAAUAUCUUGAAAAGACUCCCGAAUCUUGAAGAUUUGCAGAUAAGAAAUUGCAAUUUAGUAGAAGAGGUAUUUGAAGUUCGAGGGAAAAAUGGUGAUGAAAUAUGUGAUAUGGUGGUAUCCACUCAGUUCAAAGUCUUGAAGUUAAUCAAUCUACUGAAUCUUAAGCAUGUAUGGUCUUCGGGUCCCCAAGCAAUUUUAACAUUUCCAAAUCUACAUGAAGUUGAAGUUUCUAACUGUAAAAGUAUGAAAAGUCUCUUUCCAGCUUCGGUGGCCAAAAGUCUUAAACAACUGAAGAAGCUAAAAAUACACGAUUGUGGAUUGGAGGAAAUUGUUGCUAUGGAAGAAGGAUUGGAAACAGUGACUAAGUUUGUGUUCCCACAACUAGUCUCUCUAAGUCUUGAAUUGAUGCCUAACCUCAAAUGUUUCUAUCCAGGAAAACACACUAUAGAGUGGCCAUCACUAAAACAGUUGAUGAUACUCAAAUGCGACAAAGUGAAGAUUGUUGCUUUGAAUGAAUUAAGCUUCCCAAAUACAGAUGGGUUGGGCCAUGAUGUUCCGAUUCAGCCUCCCUUUUUCCAGAUUGAAAAGGUUGCAUUUUCUAACUUGGAGGAUAUAUGCAUCAGUGACAAAGAUAACCUAAAGAUGUUGUGGCACAAUUAUCAACUCGUUCCAGAUUCCUUUUGCAAACUAAAAAAUUUAGGCGUUGCAAGAUGUAAAAAUCUGAUGAACAUUUUUCCACCUAAUAUGUUGAGAAGACUCCAAAAUCUUGAAAAUUUGGAGAUAAGGGAUUGCAAUUCGGUAGAAGAGGUACUUGACAUUAGGGGGGAAAAUGUUGAUGAAAUAUGUGAUACAGUAUCCAAUAAGUUGAAAGUCCUGACUUUAUUCAAUCUUCCGAAACUUAAGCAUGUAUGGAGUUUGAAUGUCCAAGCAAUUUUGACAUUUCAAAAUCUGCAUAAUAUUAAAGUUUCUAACUGUAAAAGUUUGAAAAGUCUUUUUCCAGUCUCAGUGGCCAAAAGUCUUGAACAACUUCGGUACCUGGAAAUACACGAUUGUGGAUUGGAGGAAAUCGUUGCUAUGAAAGAAGGAUUGGAAAUAGUGACAAAGUUUGUGUUCCCACAACUAUUCCAUCUAAAUCUUGAUUCGUUACCUGAACUCAAGUGUUUCUAUCCAGGAAAACACACUUCAGAAUGGCCUUCACUAAAGUAUUUGUACAUAUCUAAAUGUGACAAAGUAAAGACUUUUGCAUCGAAUGAAUUAAGCUUCUCAGAUACAAACGAGUUGGGCCAUCAUGUUCAAGUUCAGCAACCCCUUUUUCUGUUUGAAAAGGCUGCAUUUCCUAACUUGGAGGUUAUACACAUCAAUGACAUGGAUAACUUGAAGAUGUUGUGGCACAAUCAUCAACUCGUACCAGAUUCCUUUUGCAAACUAAAAAGCUUGUUUGUUGGUGGAUGUAAAAAUCUAAUUAACAUUUUUCCGCCUAAUAUGUUGAGAAGACUCCAGAAUCUUGAAGACUUGUAUAUACGGAAUUGCAAUUCUGUAGAAGAGGUAUUUGAAAUUAAAGGGGCAAUUGUUGAUGAAAUUUGUGAUAUGGUAUCCACUCGGUUAAGAGUCCUGUGUUUAUCUAAUCUUCCGAAGCUUAAGCAUGUAUGGAGUUUGGAUCUCCAAGCAAUUUUGACAUUUCAAAAUCUGCAUAAAGUUAAAGUUUCUAAUUGUAAAAGUAUGAAAAAUCUCUUUCCAGCUUCGGUGGCCAAAAGUCUUAAACAACUUAAGAAGCUAAACAUACACGAUUGUGGAUUGGAGGAAAUUGUUGCCCUGGAAGAAGGAGUGGAAACAGCAAUUAAGUUUGUGUUCCCACGAAUAACCUCUCUAGAUCUUGAAUCGCUGCCUGAACUCAAGUAUUUUUAUCCAGGAAAACACAUUUUAGAAUGGCCAUCAUUGAAAAGGUUGAGGAUAAAGAAUUGUGACAAAGUGAAGAUUAUUGCUUCGAAUGAGUUAAGUUUCCAAGAAAGAGAUGAGUUGGGGCAUCAUGUUCAGAUUCAGCAGCCCCUCUUUCCAAUUGAAAAGGAUACAUUGUCUAACUUUGAAGAAUUGAAAUUAAAUUGGGAUGAUACCAUAUAUCAGACAUACGAUCGAUUAAAAGCACAGCUCUCUUGCAAACUAAAAGUCCUCGGGCUGUACGGCAAAGAUAGGUCAACAGCAUUCCCUUGGUUAUUUGUUCACGGUUUGUACAAUGUUAAGGAGCUUGACAUCUCUAAUUUUUUCUUGGAAGAAAUUUGUCCAUGUGGAAUUGUCGAUAACGAAGGACAAUAUGCUGAGAUGUUCGAACGUUUGACAACUUUACAUCUAUCUAAAAUGCCCAAGUUGAUGCAUUUGUGGAAGGAAAACUCUCAACAAGGUAGGGGCAUUCAAAAUUUGGAGUCUCUACACGUAUCAUAUUGCGGCAGAUUAAAAAAUUUAGUGCCAUCCUCAAUGUGUUUCCGAAAUUUAUACACUUUGGAAGUAUCGGAAUGUCAUGGGUUGAUUAGUUUAGCAACUUCCUCAACCGUCAAAAGUUUGGUCCAACUCAAAGCAUUGACUUUAUCUGGAUGCAAAAGAAUGAGAGAAAUAGUCACAAACGAGGGAGAAGGUGAAGCAGGAGAUGAGAUUUGUUUCAAUCAAUUGACAGAUUUGUCGCUUAAUGAUUUACCCACUCUGGGAAGCUUCUUCCACUUGGGUAAUCGCACCAUGAAAUUCCCAUCACUGGAAUUUCUAUAUGUGUUCGGAUGCCCGGAAUUGAAGAUCUUCUCUAAUGGAGUCCUAAGCAUGCAGAAGCUAAGCCAUGUUAGACUGGACGGAAACAUUUGGUGGAAAUACCAAGAAGGUCUGUUCCCGGUGGAAGAUGUGAAUACCUUCAUAAAAAGAUGUUGGGAGAAAAACAAUGAUCCAUGCUUAAGACAACUAUUCACUCAGAAGACUAAUGCAAGCACAAGUGAGGCCGGAGAGGAAAAUGAUGUUGAUGACUUGGAGGAUGACUCAAUGUAAGAUUCAAGUAAGGGGAGACAGGAAAAUACUGGUGAUAGCUUUGGAGGUGAUAGCUUUGGAGGAUGACAGAUUCAAGUGAAAAUGGAGAGAAAAAUACUUAAAAUGACUUCAAGAAUGACUCAAAGGAAGAUUGAUCUUUUAAUUUAUUAAUGAUUGAUUUCUAAAACAAUAUAACUUUUAUUGUUGAACGAGUGAUGUAGUGAUUUUUGUUUUUGGUUGCGACGUUAGAGUUGUAGACAUUAUUGGAUGGAUCAAAAAGUUCACCUUAAUGUAUUGGUGUGUUACGGAUAAGGAUGAGACUCAUGGACUUAUAGUAGGUUUGUCAUGGGGCUUUGGAGCUAAGACAAGGCUAUUAUAUAGUCCAAGAAAUCAUAUGAAUUUUUAUUAAUGAAA